GUUUUCCAAGUUCUUCUCUUUGUUUAUUGUGCUCAUACUUCUUGGCAAACUCCUCAUUGAUCUUGAAAUCAAAGGUUUCGUCGUCUCCAUUCAAAUCCAUGGCUGAAGAAUGUUUUAGUGAUUCGUCUUCGAGUCAUGGAAUCAAAAAAAAAGUGAAGAAAUUCCAUUGUGACUGCUUUCACGUGACGGCUGGCAAAAUUGCAUUUGCUGUGUCGUAUGGACUGUGAGAUCGCCUUCCAGCUACAGCAAUUCUUAGAGCAUGUCUGAAUUUUGGGUCUCACAGCAGAGGCAUUGGUGCCAAUACUGUAAAAAGUACAUUACCAACAACAAGCCCUCCAUAUCAAUCCAUGAGAGCGGCAAAGCCCACAAGGAUAUGGUGGAGAAGUUUUUGCGAGACGUGUAUAAGCGUGGAAAGGAGUCACAAAAGGAAAAGGCAGAAGUGCAAAAGGAAUUAGAGCGCAUCGAACAAGCAGCUAUAUCAUCCUACAAUUCAAAAGAUGCUGCAGGCGGGCCGAAAAUACAACUUCCAACGUUACCAAACAAGCCUGCAGCCAAGUCCACAAAAUCAGCUUCCAAACCAAAGUCUUCGGCUCCGCCCAAACAGACGCCAGCUGAACCGUUUGAAAUGCCUAUACCGAAAGAGCCUCGAUCAGAAGCAGCCCCCGGCGAAUGGACUGUUGUCAGCAAACCUGUUAAAAAUAUAAAGGAAGCCACAGCGUCUGAUAAAAGCCAAUCAAGCACUACACAUGACCUGAAGCCAGAGAUGCAGGAUGACUUUGCAGGAUAUGAAGAAGAUCUUCGAAGUUACAAGAUAAAAGAGAAAUCAUACCCUGAAGACGCCUAUGUAGAAGACACCGAUGAGCAAAAGGAUGGCGGUGUGGUGUUUAAGAAACGGAAACUUGGAGGUCAAGGGAAAGGACGCAAUAUUCGCAAAAAGUAAUACAAGUCACUGCAUUUCGGUCUCGUAACAAAAAUGCUCAGAUGACUUUGGAAUAAAGAAGACAAGGGAUCUGUACUCUACAUUAAAUAAAAACCUAAUACCACUAUCCUUAGUUCCCCC